AGGGUAGCCAUGUAAUAAACUCCUUGGACCUUGAUUAAGGAUGAUUUCUAGUUAAAAAUCCUACUACAAAAUAAAAUCUGAAAUUUUAGUCCAUUUUCUUGUGAAAAAAAGAGAGAAUUAACAAGAAAAAUAGAUCAAAAGAACAUUCAAAGAGCUAGUAUGGCAAUGGCAGAGAUGGAUAUUCACAAUUCACUCUUCCAUAAUUUGUUGCCAAAUCGAGAUGGCAAUGGCAGAGAUGGGUAUUCACAAUUCACUCUUCCAUCAUUGUUACCAAAUCGAGCUAUUUUCCGGCACAAAUACGCCGGAACUCAAUAGUGACGAAUGAAUUACAAGGAUAAGUUUGGCCACUCGAAAGGCACCAUGAAUCUUUUGUAUCUUCUUCUGAGCUUUCUGAGUUUAGAAGCACUCUUUGUUUUGGUGAGGUUUUCUCGAUACUCAUAUAUGAUAAUAUUGGCUUAAGUGUCCAUUGCUGUUAAUUGUUUGUGUGUAAUGUUAUAGGUGUGCUGUUUAUAUAGAAAGAUAUGUUUGCAGGAAAUUUUAGAUGGAAAUUCGCCAGGCUGAUGCUUCUUUACUUGUCUACAGUUAUAAAAAAGGCAUACUUCUUGCUGCAGCUUUGGUGGUGGUACUCACAAAGUCACAAGAACUGUAACUCAGCUGUUAGCAAGCACAUGGCUGUUAUGAACAUGGCAAUUCCAUCUGAGUUGAACGAGGAUAGGAUCAGCAAUCUUCCGUGGAAUGUCCAAGACAUUAUUUUUGGGAAGCUACCAUUAGUUGAUGCUGUGAGGACUAGUGUUUUGGCAAAGGAGUGGAGAUACAAAUGGCUUUCCCUCUCAGAGUUUACCCUCAAUUCUGAUGUAGUUACUUCUGUGCGCAAGGCUGGGGACCUUAAAUGGGAGAUAGUUGCUAGUAUCAUCAACAAAUUCCUGAUUCAUCACAGCGGCCCAAUCAAAACAUUUUCCCUGAAGACAUAUUGUCGCACACAUUAUCCUGAUAUGUAUCAAUGGUUUCAGUAUCUCUCAGAACAAGCUGUCGAGGUAUUAAUAUUUGAAGAGUUCUGCAGGGAACCCUUUGAGAUGCCUUCACAUCUGUUUGCGUUUAAGAAACUGAAGUUCUUGUUCCUGAUGAACUGUUCUUUACAAAUUCCAUCUACCUUUGGAAAAUUCAACUCUCUGAGUGAACUCAUCCUCAGAGAGGUUUCAAUCAAUGAUGAUGAUGUUGAGAAGCUCAUUAUUGGCUGUCCUCACCUUCUCAAGCUGACAUUGCUGAGCAUAUCUGGGUUAAAACAACUAAGAAUCCGUUCAUCCAAUCUUGCUGGACUGCUGAUAGACUGUGGAAUUCAAGAUAUUGUUGUUCGAUCUGCUCCAUCUUUGGUUAUGAUCAGUAUUGCUAUCGCUUUCCUGGGGCCAGGAAUGGUGAUCACUCUCAAUUGGUACAGUGUUAUUCGCUGUUUGUCCGGUUUGAUUUCCCUUGAAAAACUGAUUUUAUCUGGAGACUUUGUUAAGCACUUGGCCAAUAAUUAUGGACUUGAUAAUUUUCCAUUGAGGAAUGAUACUCUUACGUCUCUUAUCCUUCACAAUAUAAGAUUCGACGCGAUUGAAGUGUUCCGGGUUGCCCUUUCUCUGCUAAGCUCCUCCCCAAACAUCAAAAAUUUCCGCCUUGUUGUUGAAUCAGCCAAAGGUCCGAAGCUGAUCACAAAUUUCUUUAAGGAAAUUCGAGGACAAUUCUGCUUCUCUGAGCUCCAAUCAAUGACAGUGGUAUAUCCUAUGAGUGUGGGCAUGGGAUCUACUAUGAACUUUAUCGAAUUUGUUAUUGCUCAUUCCCCAAACCUCAAGUUUUUAAACAUCGAAAAGGGAGGGACAGAUAUGAAUGAUAUCCGGGCUGCCAGGAUGUUUGCACGGUUCAAUAAAUUAUGCCCGCAUGCUGAAAUUCAUUAUAAACAUCGUGAGAGGCUUCUUCCUUAUGUGUGUGAUGAUAUCUGAUGAACGAGUUGGUGGUUGGGAAUCAAGCUCACGAGUCAUUGCUUCAGCAAGAUGAUCUCUGGUAGUAAGAGAAACUCUUUAAUUUGCUUUAUAAUGCAAUCUUGAAUAAGUGUUGACAGUACUUCGAUUGCUUCACUAUUUAAACUUUUUAAAGUGUAAUAUGUCGUUUUUUAUCCUUUCUUUAAUACUUUUCCCUGGUGGGAAGACGUUUUUAUGUUAUGUUAUUGUGUUGUUAUGAACUACCUUUUGAGUGAAAAUCCUUUGGAGGUGUUAUUGAUGCA